GCAGCGACACGCGCCUUCAUUGGCGAAAGCUGCGGAGAGAGAGCGAAUCACGUGGGCGUGCGGGGUGUCUUCCCGGCCGUGACCGCGGGGCGCGCUGAGCUGGGGGCUUGGUUGGGGAGACGAUGAGCGGCGGCCGGCGGAAGGAGGAGUCGACGUCGCACUCGCCGCAGCAGCAGCAGCAGCAGCAACACUUGGUGGCCAACGGCGGGGGCGGAGUGUUGCGGGGUUCGCUGUGGAGCAAAGCGCUGCGGAGCGACUCCUCCUGGGAGGACAAGGAUGAAUUUCUAGAUGUGAUUUACUGGUUCCGACAGAUCAUUGCUGUUAUCUUGGGCGUGAUUUGGGGCAUUGUUCCAUUCAAGGGAUUUGUGGGCAUUGCAAUAUUCUGCCUCAUAAAUGCUGGCAUCCUGUACCUCUAUUUUAGUAGCUUUCAGCAGAUAGAUGAAGAGGAAUAUGGUGGAACAUGGGAGCUAACAAAGGAAGGGUUCAUGACGUCCUUUGCAUUAUUUUUGGUUGUCUGGAUAAUUUUCUACACUGCCAUUCAUUAUGAUUGAAUAAGUCUGCCAAAUCAAUUGUCUUAAGAGAUUGAAGAACACUUUAAAAAGCAGCCUUUGGACUGGGGGAGGUAAAAUACCAUGGCUUUUAUACCCACAAAUACAAGGAGUUGGGAUAAGCCUUAUGCCUUCUGAGAAGAGAAGUUGAGUCUGUUUUGAUUAUUUUUAAAAAGUUGUUGCUUUUCCAGAACUUUAAAAAAAGCCAUCACAAUGUUUUGCAAACAGUACGAGACUGUUCAACCUUAUAGCCCUCUCUGUGACUUUAUUCAAUAUGGCGAUGACAAAUCUCUUUAUCCUAAAAAGAUAACCCUGUUAAUUAAUUUGUCCCCAUUGAGCUGCUCUCUCUGAAUGAGAUAUAUUCAAAUUGUGACGUCUUCCAUUUGCUAAAUGUACAGUUUCAAAACAGUAGCCAUUAUGUGACAUUUGGCAACAGGAGAAUUCUACAAAAUGGAUUGUAGACAGUUGUUUCAGCUUGUUUAAAGAAAAUUAAAGAUCUGAUUGUAUAAAGUAUUAGUGUCUUUAACGGGUUCAUUGAGGGUUUCUUAAAUGUUGAUUGCUUAACAGUGUUAUAAUCAUAGUCAGUUUCUGAACAUUUUGGGAUAUUAAUUCCUUAUUGAGCCGUGAAGGGGAUGCCUGACUUGACUGUUGAAUUUACAGAAACAGUCACAGUGAUUUAGAAGCAUUUUAAUAAUUUAAUUUGUCAGCUAAUUCAGUUCUCAGUGCCUACCUCAGAGUCCAGUAUCUUAAUGCACAAAAUAAUUUAAGAUGUAUUUCAGAACUCAAUUGCUUUGAGUUCUUGAUGGUUUCUGAAGUUGAAAAACAACACAAAAUAAUUAAGGCAGCUAAUGUCAUGUAUAUGGAACUAACUCUUUCACGUUGGGACUAGAGUGACCUACAGUUUUAGUUUUAAUCUUUGUAAUUAUGAAUAAAGUUAUCAAAGAUAAUGACUGUUUAGUUAACUUACAAAUCUUAAAUAUAUUGACAAUACAGUUUUAUAUAUGCAUUCCUGUCUACAUGGAUGUCAUUAGGAAGUGAUCUCUUAAUGGAGUAGAUUUGUCUGUUUUAAUCCUAAUCUAACAUGAAUGACAAAGAGAAGCUUUCCACUAAGGUUGUUUUAUGAUGAGAGCAUGACUUGAGUCUUCACACACUGUGGAUGAAUUCCUAAUUCUUCUUACUUUUCUGUUAAAUUCUAAUUUUAGUAUACUUGACAUCACAAAGUAGUUUCUAUAUAUUAUCCUUCAACACCAUUUGUUCUUUCCCUUUGUCCUUGUACAGUCAGAGAAGAACUCUACUACGGGACAGGGAAGGUAGAAAUACUGCAGCUGCUAAGAAGUAUAGCAAGUCCAGCUCCUGUAGAUCUUUAUUCCCAGCUUUACAAAUUUGCUUUUCUGGUGUGUGGAUUAAUCAUUCACAUGACCCUUACGGAUUGGAAGCAAUCAUUUUCCUCCCAAGAAGCUUAAUCUCUGCUGGGUUUAAGUAGCAUUUUAUUUUGUUCACUUAAAGUUUCUGUGACCCACAAGGAACAGUAGAUGAUUUUAUACUUAAAAACACUCUAAUAAACAUCACAUGUUUAAGAA